GCAGGUAAGGACGGAUCUUUCUUAGACAAGCUGCCAACUCCGUAAACUACGGCUGUAGGCAGACCGCCAGCUUCUCACAACCAAUCCAGGGAGUCCCAUUCUAGUGCUCUCUUACAUACAGUAUAUGGUUUUACCUGUCGUAGACCUUAGAGUUUAACUUCACCCGUCCACAGGGGUAUUAUGCAGUCUCUAUAGUGAUACGUCACCUGUGGUGAACUAUUUAUAGAACCACGCGAGGAGCGCGAGCCUGUCGUGAUACGACAUACGCAAAUCAUGACUUAAGAGAAGACGUAUUCGUUUGAUUCUAAAUAAGAUAUAUUUUAUUCAAAUUUUGAUGUUCCUCUGACAGAAAAAAAAAUGACAAUGUGGACAGGGAUUUCUUUAUCCUGCUUCAUCUUAUGGAUCCUUCGAUCGGCACAUUAUGUUGAGAGCACAUGCUCACAACCAUCCUCGGAAUGGUCAGGCAACUGGUACGACAGUCAGUUUGAUGGGACGUUUGGAAUAACUUGGUCCAGUAAUGUUAUUACAAUAACAGGCUGGUCAGUCACGGCCUAUUCGUCCACAGUGACCAGCUGGUCAUGUGUGACAGAGGAUACAACAAACAACUAUAUAGUGUUCCUGGGAGACCAGACAGUGAACUUAUUUGGACAGCCACAGAACGCCUAUAUAUGCAUGGCGUGGACCCAGGUCAGCACUUAUUCUUAUGUAUACUACCUACAGGCAAAUACGGAGGCCAAUGCGGGAGAAUUCCGUGUUUUUAUAGAGGAAUCGACCAUCGCAACGGGGGCGGCCAGCAAAUACUGUGCUCCUACCUCCGGUCCGUCCACAGCUGAAUACCACACCCUAGUCAAGCAAAGUCACAUAACGAGUGUAGGGCAGUACUUUCCAACUCUCCUGCUGGGCACGUACGAAUAUACAGCUAAUGAUGGCUCUAGUUCUCUAUGCGGAACCGGAAGUGUGUGGGAUAACUGUAAUGACAGAACCAUUACAGCCUUCAACUACACCCAGUGUGCAACUGUAAUGGCAUAUUCAAGUGGUGGUACUUUGUACAACGUAUACUCAGUCGUCAGUGGAUCGUACACUUACGUCACCCUGGUCAACGCAGACGCAACGACUGACGAAUCAACUACUUACAGAUUUACAUGUUUGAUUUGUCAGGCCUCUGGUUCGAAUGUCCAGUUAAGCAUUGACCACGGUAGCUGUAGCACUUCGGGCAAUCCCUCUACUGUCCCCGCUGGAGGAAUGACUGCAACGCUGACCCCCUAUGUUACCUGCCCGUUCACAACGACCAGUGCUACGACAACAUCGUUAGCAACGACGACCAAUACGGCGUCCGCAGCGGCCAGUGCUACAUCAUCUACAACUGAAACCAGUAGCGGUGGUAUUGGACUUUAUAUCGGAGCCGCCAUCGGAGGGUUGCUUUUUAUCCUCAUCAUCAUCGGCGUUAUCAUCAUCUGUCUUAAACUCAAGAAAAAGAAAAAUGUUGUACAGGACGAAGAAAAGAAGCAGGCGCCUCCUCAAGGGAAAUAUUUACCACCCAUUAAUGGAGAAUGUGUUAUAGAAACGAUGUCCCCGCGAGAUGCCCUCGAGAUUGGAUCACCUGACAUUGACAACCGACUAACACCUUUACCGGUACAGCCUAUCGCCCCAGUGACAGCACCACAAACGGACAAACAUCCUCUUCCGCCCAUCACAAACAAUGGCUGACGAUUCUAUAUGAAAACAUCCAAGCAGACAUCUGUGAUACUUAUUCCUUAUUCAUUUACGCUGGUGUGUUGAAACAAGGUCAUUUUAUAUUGUUACUUGAUCAUUAGUGUGUUUGGACAUGUUCGACUAAUGCUCCAAGGUGUAAAAACAAGUGGCCAAUGGUCAAAGCCAAUGACCAUGCGUGUAAUUUCUUGUAAUCAUCAUAAUACUCUGCGUGUUUUGUGAUUGACAUUUCACAGUAUUUAACAAUUGUGUAGCGUAUACUUAUCAAAAGGUCUAUACAUACCUUUGAAUUUAAAAAAAAAAUGUGACUGAAACAUUAGAGGUGCAAAUGUGUGUCUUAACCACGUUAAACUUUGUAAUAAUGAGUCGGUUUAAGACAAACAGUUAUACGUAUACCUUUAUGAGCGCUGGACAGCUGCAAUCGUGGUGUAAACGAUUUGUCAUUUAGGAUUUUUUAACUUAUUUUUUGGUUACUCUCUCAGUGAAGAUAUGCUUCUAGUUACCAGCACAAAUAAUGCAGAAGAUUCGAAAUCCGGAACACCGAUGAAAACACGUGACCGGAUUGGAUAUGAUGUGAACAUAUAAACAAAACGCCACAUGUGUGCGCCGAACAGUACUCAUUGAUAUGGUUCGUCAGUUUGUACAUAUCUGUGUAUAUACGUUAUCUCUGAUAACGUCUUUGCCAUAUCACUGACAAUUAUAUUGACUAUAGAUGGGAUGUAUUAUCACUGAGUGAAUUCUGUGUGUUGUGACGUAUACUCGUAUAACUUUAUUGAUAUCUUUACCAACAUGUUAUGAACAUGAUCAUGUCACCUACGUACUUUCCUUACUGUAUGUAUACAUUACGUUCCGCAAGAUUCCAUUUCAUGUAAGCUGACGGUGAUCGUUACCAAAUUUUGUAUUUGUGAAUAAAUUCAAAUGAUAUACUAGAUGGAACUGAAGUCCACAAUUUCGUAUGGAUUUUUAGAUUAGAUGUAAGGCGGGCGGACCUAUCAAUAUGUCUCUACGCCUUUAACAGUAAUUUCUAUGGCAUCAUCAUACCUCAUUGUCCCAUAAGUUUGUAUUAAAUUCCAGUGAUACGUGAAA